UACGCAUGGUUUGGCCGCCGUCGGUGCUCGAGCCGGUGGCCGUGCGCCCCUGCCGAGUGCCCGGCUGACCAGCCUCACGGCAUGUCCGCCGUUCGAUGGCCACAGCUCGUCCCAGCCACGGCCACUGCCUGGACGGUGGUAGUUGGUCCGUGUCUCGUCCUUGCAUUGCCCACCAAACGAACCCUUCCAGACGAUCCCUUCGGCUUCCUCUUCGUUCCCACUCGCCGCGCUCCCCUCCCUCUGCCCCCAAUUGCUCCCGCCCGUGCGAGUUCUGGCGGCGGCUGGGAGGAUGGCCUCUGCGGCAUCGGCGCCGGUGUUCGAGAGCCUGGCCGGGAUCCGAGCCAUCGCCGAGUCCGGCCGCUUCAAGGCGUGGUUCCUGGACCAGUUUGGCGUUCUCCACGACGGGAAGAAGCCGUAUCCGGGCGCCAUUUUGGCAUUGGAGAAGCUCGCCCGGAACGGUGCAAAGAUGGUGAUAAUCAGCAAUUCCUCCAGGCGGUCAUCUGUAACCAUGGAGAAGUUAAAGAGCCUUGGAUUCGACACGUCUUGUUUCCUCACGACCAUCACCAGCGGGGAGCUCACACAUCAACACCUUCAGAAGAGAAAUGACCCAUGGUUUGCAGCCCUUGGAAGAAAGUGUACCCAUAUCACAUGGGGCAAUCGAGGCGCAAUUUCUCUGGAGGGCCUUGGUUUGCAAGUUGUGAACAAUGUAGAUGAUGCAGACUUUAUAUUAGCCCAUGGUACUGAAGCCCUUGGUUCACCUUCUGGUGAUCCUCUUCCCAAAAGUAUUGAGGAGCUUGAGCAGGUUCUAAUGCUUAGCCUAGAAAAGCGACUUCCAAUGGUGGUAGCUAAUCCAGAUUAUGUCACUGUUGAAGCUCGAGAUCUGCGCAUCAUGCCUGGCACUCUGGCAGCCAAGUACGAGAGUCUUGGUGGUGAAGUGAAAUGGAUGGGGAAGCCUGAUAAGGUGAUCUAUACGUCAGCGAUGUCCCUAGCAGGUGUUGAUGCUCAUGAAUGUAUCAUGGUGGGUGAUUCACUUCACCACGACAUCAAAGGGGCAAAUGCAUCAGGAAUCGCAUCUGUGUUCAUUACGGGAGGGAUUCAUGCGGCUGAACUUGGACUCAGUGAAUUUGGAGAAACUGCUGGGGAUGAUGCUGUCAAAACACUCUGUAGCAAGCAUGGAUCAUAUCCCUCUUAUGUUUUGCCUUCAUUUACAUGGUAGAAACAUGGCCUAGUUUCUAUUAUUAUUAUUUUGAGGUGAAAGUGUAGCUUCAGGUACACCCUUAACACCAGAAAGUGAUUUAGGCCAAUACUGCUUUGGAAGUGUGCCACAGGUGGAUGAUCAUGCCCUUAGAGGCAUUACUGUAUUGUACUUAAUUACUACGAUUGUCCAAUAAUCAUUGUGAAUUUGAUCAAUAGAAACUGGAUGCAGCUAUGAAGUUAAAUUUUUAAGAGAAGGUAA